CGCCUUAGUGCUGCUGGUGCUGCUGCCGAGAGUGCAGACACCAAGGCUGACUGGAGAGUUUAACUUUGUUCUUUUAAAGCCAUUUAAGGUUCAGGAUUCAGGAACACAGGACGAUUUCUUUAACCAUGAAGUAAAGGAGAGGUCUGUUGCACAAAGAGACUCAGACAGGACCUGGCAUCCAUGGAGUCCAGUCUGUCCUACCUGUCUUCACUGAAAGAAGAUGACAAUCCACUUUACAUCCAGCCACAUUACAAAGAAUCCUACCGUCUGGCUAUUUACGCCCUGCUCUGUGGAGGCAAAGAGGCCUACGAGGAGUUCCUCCGUGCCGAGCAGAUCAGCCACUUUCUGUCAGAGGAGGAGAUCCUGUUCAUUUUGGAAAAUGCAGAGGUGCCGUUUGUGGAGGAUGAGUCUGAGGGAAAACAGGCCACGGAUGCGGUCAGUCCCUCCACGUACUUCCCAACCGAGUCGGACGAGGAGGUGCCCGACUUGGACCUGGGCUGGCCCGAUGUCUUGCUGGACAGCACGGACACGAGCAUCAGCAUGCUGUUCCACCCGCCCAGACAAAACACGCCAAGCAUCAAAGAAGUGGUCCGCAAACAGAUACAGGAGGCGAGGCAGAUGAUUGCCAUAGCGAUGGACGUCUUCACUGACGCCGACAUCUUCAAAGAGAUCAUCGCUGCCACGUCGAGGGGAGUGGCUGUCUAUAUCCUUCUGGAUGAUUCCCACUUCAAGAGCUUCCUCACCAUGGUACACAGGAUGGGCGUCAACAUCCAAGACCUCAAGAACGUGCGUGUUCGGACGGUCCAGGGCCAGCAGUACCGGUGUCGGUCCGGGGCGAAGUUCUGUGGAGAUCUGGAGCAAAAAUUCAUUUUGGUGGACUGCCGCACAGUCUUGUAUGGAACAUACAGCUACACGUGGUCUUUUGAAAAGAUCAACCUCAGCAUGGUCCUCGUGAUCACAGGUCAGCUUGUUUGCUCUUAUGACGAGGAGUUUCGAAGGCUGUACGCUCGCUCCACAGCUCCUACAAUCCAGACCAGGGAAAGGUUAUCUGUUCAGAACCUGAGAGACACUGUGGCCCUGCAGAGCCCAACCACCAGCCAGCUUUCCCUGCAUCAGAUUCACAUGAGAUCCAGAGGGACACACGGCAUGAGAAGCGCUCAGGAUGACAGGUAUAACAAUGCCACCAUGCUGACCAGGGGGCUGAGCAUGCAGGAGAGGCUGCAUCAAUCUCACUAUACUGACAUGGGGAAUCUGAUGCGGGGACACAGUUAUGGUGGAGAACUGCAGAAGUUAAACUCCAUGACUCGGCUGAGGAUGGGGACCAAGGACAUCGGAGCCCCUCUUACUCCUGAGAGGACUGGAUCUAACCUGAGAGGGGCUGGCGAGUCGCUAUCAAACAGGCUGUCCCAGCAGCACCUUAGGCACCGGACUCUCUAUGGGGCAGACCAGAAUCUGAUACCAUUUAACUCUGAAUCAUCACUCCACAGGUGGAAGAUGGAAACAUACCUUAGUAUGCCUCCAGAUGUACCAAGUGAUGUGAUAUCCCCAGUAAUAUCUCCGUAUAGUAGUCUCACAGGAUUAAACGAGCAGCAGUCACAGAUGAUUCACAGCAGGUCGAGGGAGAUUAAGUCCAGGAUGGAAGAAAUGAGGCAAAAGAGGCUCAGUCUGCAGGAUUUCACCAAUCUCAGGCAAAGCCAAGAGUCCUUGAGGUCUGCGUAUGUAACAGAAAGACCUACCUAUAGGUCUUCAUUAAGAGGUCUGGACACAAGUGUGGCAGAAUUACAGCCAAAUACACAAAACGGUUACAGCCUGGAACCAGCCAACCCCAGAGACAGUGAGCCAAAUAAGGAAGGAAUUUUCAAUGAUGGCCACCGCUCUGCCUCUCACUAUGAUGUCAAAAUGAUUUCAGAACGAAAGACAACGCAGAGGUAUGACUGGCACGAGCCUAUUUCCAGGACAACGUCAGCAGGUGAUUUAAAUAUGAAACUAAAUGAUCCAACGCUCAAGCUCUCUCAUUUGCAGCACAGUGGUCUCAGUAUCCAGCAGGCAAGAGCGAUGGAGUCUUUGAUUGAAAUCCCAGAAGAGAAAGAGGGUUCAAACACGCGUGCCAACAGUUCAGACUCCACUGCAUUCAAAGAUGGAAAUGAAGAGAUUUACAAAGGAUUACCUGCAGAAUCACAGCAUCAGGAUCAAACCAGAGGAAGCCAUGGUUCUAUAGGUAAGGUCGCCAACAGCUCUGGCUCAGCUGUUCCAGGAGAAUCUCCAGGAUCUCAGCAUGCAGUGGAGGCUAAUAGUCACAUGGAAAUAGGGCAAACACAGUGUGAUGAACCAGGCCUUCAAAGGAAAAAUUCCAUGAGAAUGAAAGUAUAUUCACUGCUUACAUCAGACGACAAGAAAGCAUCCAAAAAAGAGGACAAAUCAGUCCAAAGAAAGUCCUCAGUGAAAUCCAAGAAUCCCUCAGGAGUCUUCACAGAGCAUUCAGAGGCACCUGUAGCAGACCAACCAACAAGUGGUCCAACAGAAACAGAGAAGCAAAAAUCUCCAUUCUUGAGAUUAUCUGCUCCGCGUUCAAGCAAAAAGAAGACAAACGUUCCGGCAGAGCAGGACAGAGGCUCUGGAAGCACUCUGAACGAAGAGGGAGCAACUGUCUACCAAAGACAGAAAGUCUACAGUCGAUUUGAAUAUUUUCUUAACACUGAAACUACUCCCAAAGACAAAGGCUCUUCGCUAAACAAGCCUGACUCUGGCUAUCCAAUGCAUCAGACACAAAGUGGUUCUGAAAACAAACUGGGAAGAUUCAUGCAGCGAGUAGGAAAUCUUAUAGGGAAGAACAAGUAGAGAUGCAGGAAGAGAAGAAGGCCACCAUGCUCAGCAAUGAAGGCAAAGUUAGUGCAUUGUGCUCCUGUUGUUUAUUCAUUGAUUGGCUGUUUAUGGUCACCACUGCAGUAUACUUAAUUUUUCCUUGAUGGGUCUGAUAAUGUGCCUAAGAUCACGGAUAAUAAUUACCACUGAUGCCAAAACACAAGAUGUAAUGUAUCAGGUACUGAAACAGCGUCUAUCUGCCCUGAAUUGGAUGUUACAGGGAAGCAGGGUUGAUGUGGAAAUACCAGCAAGUCGUUUACCAAUGAAAUUAAAGCAGAGUCAAUGUAACACUUAUGCUUGUAGCCAGAAAAAAAUAUCUUAUUAAGUAAGUUGAAUUGUGAAAAUGUUUACUUAAAGUACAUGAGUGUAUAUAUUUUUGGAUUGUUCUUUUUGAAAGUUUAAUUAAAGGUCCAGUUUGUAAGAUUUAGGGGGAUAUAUAUACAGAUUAUGGCUAAAUAAUUCUGUUUUUUUUGUCUUAGAAUGAGCUCUUUAUAUCUACAGAGGGAGAAGCUCCUCUUCCGUCAUGUCGUACCAUCAUGUUACUACAGUAGCCCAGAACAGACAAACCCAACACACUUGCUCCAGAGAGCACCUUUUGUAUUUUUCUCAUGUCUCGUGGCCACCACAGGUUCUCCUACACGCUUGGAAAAGGAUGGGCGAUGGGUUGCAAUCUGCAACCUCAACACGAGAUGGCACUAAAUCUUACACGCUGGUGCGUUAAAAGUACAGUGUGUAAGAUGUGGCCAUAAUUUUAGCUUGAAAACAUUAGCUUAAACAUUAUCAACAGUUCUGAUGUCAGUAUGUCAAAGACUUCUAUGUAUUUUGUUGCAGAGAUAUGUACUGAAGUUAGCAUGCUAACUUGCUAACCAGCUAGUUGCAGUCCAUCCUGUCUCAUGAUACCACUUUGUUCCACAACAGUUCCUGAACAUAGUUUUAGUUGAGAGAUGUGUGUGAGCAGCACACUCAGUCAGCUGAAAGGGCCACUAGCUGCAUGGUUAACUGAGCUAACUAGCUAAUGGCAGCUAGUAGCUACAGCUAAAGAUAGCUACAGCAAAGAGCACAGUGAGCAGCAGUUAGUUACUCUAAUGAUUUGCUGCCCACUGUUUGAUGCACGUUUGUAAAAUAUAGUUUUUCUAAUACUGCUUGAUGUUGUACAUUUUCUGUGUUCCUUGGAUGAUUGAUUGAUUGUGACAUUCAUGGCUCAUGCUCAUGGCAUGUAUGGCUAUAAUACGUAGAUAUCCAGAUGUGUAAAUAAAACAAACCAUACAGUAUAACCAUGUCGACUACCACGACAAACCAACCUCAGUGGGACUAAUGAGAUAGUCAGAAGUCAGAACGUACUUGUGAAUUUACAGACAUCGCUGUGAUCAGGUUUCAUUGGAUCUACUUUCUACUGAGGAAAUUGUUUCUUUAAAAACUGAUCGGUUGAGUUAUGAUUAACUAAAUGCUGCUGUUAAAUAUUUAAAUGUACUUUUUCAAUGCAGGUAGCAGCACUAGCAAAAUUCCAUUCAUUUCCGUUAUUUGUGUGGCAGCUGAACUUUCAGACACAGAUAUCUCUGAAUCUGGGUGCAUAAAACUGAACUUAUCGGCAUGGAUAGUUACCGCUAAGGGUAGUUCAGAAAUCUGUAUUUUUGAAGACCUUGGAAACAGCAGUUUAGAAACAAUCACACCUUAAGGUCUAUUUAUUAGUGGUUGCUCUGAGCUUUCAAUCAAAUCAUGAUUUUCAUCAGCUGGAGUUUGCCAAGUUUUUUUUUCUUUUUUUCUGUCAUCUGCAUUUCCAUCAUGACUGGGCAAAUUCAUCUGCUGAGGAAGAUCAUGAUACACGAUUGAAAACUCCAGAACUAAUUUGACCUUGACAUGAAAUUGUUUUCAAAUGCCCUUUGUAAUUUGGGGCAACUGAUCAAAUGACUGUGAAAACAGUCACAUGUGAAAAUGUGGAUUUAAAUGCAACACUCACACUCACUCGCUUUUUACAUCUGAGAUAUUCACUGUAAAUGUAAGCAUACAAUGUUUAUAUAUGAAAACUUGUUCCCUAGAAGCACCUGAGAACACAUGUAAGUUUCCACUUGUGUCUUUUUUGUGAAGAGAUGGAAGGUUUAACUGAAAAACUACUGUACUUCUCUACAGGAAAACAAGACUUAAAGUCAGCAGCCACACUAGCGGCCCCAAGAGGUUGCAAUGUUUACUACACACACAGAGAACAAAAAAUUCUGACAAGAUUACAGAUGGAGAGAUAAUUUCUUAGCAUUAGGAUUCCAGCAUGUUUUAUCUUCUGUGACAUGAUGAGCCACUUCCUUUUUUUAAUUACACUGGUUAAUGGUGCUGUAGUAGUAGUCGUAGUUGUCAAGGCACAGCUGCAACAGUAUUGUUCUUGAUAGUAAUUUAAAAAAUACACAGACACAACUGCACAACACUGCCUCGUACAUGGAGGGCGUACUCAUACCUUUAUUUUGAAAUAACUGAGAAAAAUAUCUACAAUCAUAAUAAUAAGGUAUCAGCAUAAUAUAUAA